UGGACAGCCUAACUGCACCUCAAACACUGCAGCAUGAGUUACUACGGAAACCCGAGUGGAAAUACGACGAACGCAGGAAACGUCUCGGGUGGAUCAUCCUCGCAAGGCGGCUUUUACGCGGGUAGCAAUAACGCUUCGGGAAGCAAUGGGGGUUACAGUUACAGUCAACAGCAACCGCAGUCGGCGUACGGUAGCGAGGGUAGCGCCAACUACAACACGCAGCAAUGGCAAAGUAAUCCACCGCAAUCCGCGUCUCAGCCGCAACAGCAUCAAAUGUACAGCGGGACAUCUUUGCCGCCCCAACCUAGCAACAGUAACAGCACCCACCACAACGUCGCGCAACCCUUUUGGAAUCCAGCCACUGCGGCUACCAUGGCGGCAGUUGCCGGUUCCAUAUCAGGAUCCGGAGGAUUUUCCAAUGAUACCAUGCUUGAUUUGGCUAGCUCCGCCGGAAAAUCGUUCCUACAAUCGGGCUCGGCACGCAUGAUUCCAGGCUUGGAAUCCACCAUGUUGACUCUUCGGCACUACUUUGCCGUCGACAACAAAUACGUGUUGCGAAAAAUGCAAAAAGUGCUCUUUCCUUUUCUUUCGAAGCAAUGGCAGCGGCAAGAACGAGAGCCUGGCACGCCCGACACUCCCGCACAAUACGAUUUACCUUAUUUAGACGAAAAUGCGCCAGAUCUGUACGUGCCGGUGAUGUCCUUGAUUACGUACGUCUUGUUGUGCGCCGUUUGUUACGGUAAAGCUGGACAAUUCAAUCCGGAAGUCCUUCCGGACGUGACCACCAAGUGUUUCAUGACCCAAGUUCUAGAAGUCUUGGCCAUUCGUUUUGGAUUCUACACAAUGCAGGUACCCGUUCCCUUUCUCGACCUUUUUGCCUACACGGGAUACAAGUACCUCGGUCUCGCGUUGAAUAUGCUGGUGGCAUUAGUUUUAGGAACCGUCUUCGCUUUGGGAACUCGCGCGUAUUACGUCACCUUAUUCUGGACGGCCUCGGCCAUGGCCUUUUUCAUGCUCAAAACAAUGGCACACAACAUACCGUCCCGGACGGCAGCAACCGGUCCGAAGCGGGAGAUCGUAGUGAUUGUCUUUGCCGCACUGCAACUCGCAACCAUGUGGUUCAUGAGUCAAACGAAAUUUCUGUAG